AUGAUCCGCCAAGCUGCGGUCUCCUCCCAGGCUCCACUCAAGCCCAUAUCGCGCAAUUUGAGCACGUCCGCGGUGCUACGACACGCGGAGGUGUUACCAGAACUCGCAAGCUCAGCGAGCGGCUUACGGAAUCGAAUCAAGCAUAGGAUCUCGCGCGUAGACGCAGAACGGGGCCCCAGUGUCUCCCCAUUUCUCGUGGACUCCUUUGCCCGGCGGCACAACUACCUGCGGAUCUCGCUCACCGAGCGGUGCAAUCUCCGAUGUUUCUACUGCAUGCCGAGCGAGGGCAUCGAGCUAUCACCGCCAGAGCACAUCCUCUCGGACGACGAGGUGAUCCGUCUCGCAACAUUGUUCGUCAAGAGCGGCGUGACCAAGAUCCGCCUCACGGGGGGCGAGCCGAUGGUCAGGAAGGGCAUAGUUGAUAUCGUCGGCCGACUGCACGGGCUGCGGAAGCACGGGCUGCAAUCCAUCGGGAUGACCACAAACGGCAUUGCGCUCCACCGGAAACUGCCUGCCCUGGUCGCGAACGGGCUCACACACCUGAACAUAAGUCUGGAUACUCUUGACCCUUUCAAGUUUGAGAUCAUGACGCGCCGGAUGGGCCACGAUGCGGUGCUGCGGUCACUGCAGACGGCGCUCGCGUCCCGGGAGCUCCAGUCGGUGAAACUGAACGUGGUCGUGGUCAAGGGUCUGAACGACCACGAGGUUCCGGACUUUGUGGAGAUGACGAGAGAGAGCCGCCCUGUCCUAGUCGUGAACGGGUCAUACAAGGCGGAGAACGACUCGAACUACGGGCUCGUCCGCCUGGGAGAAACCCGCCCAGCCACUCGCCCUCGCGCCCGCUACGAGCUGAACCACCCGUGGCCCGCGUGUCCGUGGUCUCCGUCCGCGCAGACCCCGAGGAACACCGCUCGCCAUAUGAUCGUGAGCUAA